AGUUAGCUAUCCAGUAGGAUAGUUUGUUAGGAAAUAAGAUAUUGACCUAAAGUCUUUAACAAGUCAAUUUAGCUAUCAGUUAUUUUAUUUUUUUCAACGGCAGUCAUAGCUAUCAAUUAGUUAGAUUCACAAACUCAUUAUAACUCUUGAUUCCCUAUAAAUAUAUACAUCAUGUAUUCGGUUUAUUUUUCACAACAAUUACAUACAAAUCUUCUCUUUUCUUUUUUUAUUAGCUUCUGAUCAUAACGUUUCAAAACAUGAACUUCCAAAAGCUAAAUUGCGUUGCUUUGUUGCUGUUAAUCGUAAUCACCACCCAUGUUUUAGCCGACUGCACUUGCGAACCAGAAGAAACCGAGGGUAAAAAGAGCGAAGCUCUCAAGUACAAACUCAUUGCACUUGCUUCAAUCCUCAUAUUUGGUGGCAUCGGUGUUUGUUUGCCCUUCAUUGGAAAAAUCAUUCCAGCACUAAGCCCAGAGAAAGAUGGGUUCUUUUUUAUCAAGGCAUUCGCAGCUGGAGUCAUUUUGGCUACUGGUUUCAUUCAUAUACUCCCUGAUGCGAAUGAGAACUUAACAUCUCCUUGUUUGAAAGAACUCCCAUGGGGAGAAUUCCCUCUUACAUUUUUUGUUGUAAUGGUAGCAGCAAUUCUAACUCUCUUGUUUGAGACUUUAUCAGCCGCUGCUUAUCAGCUCCGAUAUCAGACACCCAUUUGUAAUGGAGAUGAGGAGAACACCCAGGCGCAUGAUAGUCAAGUGGCUGCGCACACUCAUGCAAGUCAUGGACAUGCUCAUAUAUCUAUGGCUGGAGGUUCUUCAGUUUUGUCACAAGUUGAUCGUUAUCGAAUUGUGUGCAAGGUGCUGGAGUUGGGCAUCAUCGUACAUUCAGUUAUAAUAGGAUUGUCUCUCGGUGCUUCACAAAGUCCAAAAACCAUAAAACCGCUUGUUUUUGCAUUGACUUUCCACCAAUUUUUUGAAGGAAUAGGUCUUGGAGGAUGCAUAUUUCAGGCGGAAUUCAAGUCGUUAGCUGUAAUUCUAAUGGGAACCUUUUUUAGCCUCACGACUCCUAUCGGUAUUGUUAUUGGGAUAUUAGUAACCAAUACGUACAAAGAGAAUAGUUCUACAGCUCUAAUAGUAGAAGGCGUAUUAAACUCUGCAUCAGCGGGAAUCUUAAUCUAUAUGGCACUUGUUGAUCUUCUUUCACAUGACUUCAUGAACCCACGGUUGCAAAAGAACAAGAUGCUUCAGUUUGGUUCAAGUGUUUCUCUUCUUUUGGGUGCUGGUCUCAUGUCGCUCCUUGCAAAGUGGGCUUGAAUUUAGUUAGUUGUAUAUAACACUACUAGUGCAAAGUGAAAGUUUGAUUUCAUAUAUUUAUAGUUCUUGUGUUUUGAUGUUCUUUUUGGAUGUGUUUUUUGAUACCCAAUUACAUAAUCAAUAGUAGUAAAUUACAUGCCACCGAAGAUAAUAUCCGGAGUAGUUGUUAUAGGUUUA